CUAUCAGACGUUUGAUUUGCGUCAUUUGCACAACAACGCACCGAGGCGUCAUCUUGCGGCUUUGCAUCGAAGCUGAAAUAAACAAACCAUAAAAUGGCGUCGUCAGACCCGAAAGCAGCUUUGUUGAAUACCCAGACAGAAAAGCCAAAUCAUUACACAUACUUGAAAGAAUUCCGAGUGGAACAGUGCCCAUCGUUUCUGCAGCACAAAUGCAAUCAGCAUCGACCAUUCGUGUGCUUCAAUUGGCACUUUAUGAAUCAGAGACGCCGUCGGCCAGUGCGUCGACGGGAUGGUUCAUUUAACUACAGUGCCGAUAACUACUGCACCAAGUACGACGAAACUACCGGAAUAUGCCCAGAUGGAGACGAUUGUCCGUUUUUACAUCGCACGGCAGGCGACACUGAGAGGCGAUACCACCUACGCUACUACAAAACAUGCAUGUGCGUUCACGAUACCGAUGCACGUGGGUAUUGCGUCAAAAAUGGUCAUCACUGUGCAUUCGCCCACGGCAUCCACGAUCAGCGGCCGCCAGUGUACGACAUCAAAGAGCUGGAGGCCAUGCAAGCGGCCGAAGCUAGCGGUGAAUCCAUGAACGGACCCAAUGUAUUGGAUAAGGAACGCAAUCUGAUGAAUGAAGAUCCAAAGUGGCAAGACACAAACUAUGUCCUGGCCAACUACAAGACAGAGCCAUGCAAAAGGCCCCCGAGGCUCUGCAGACAGGGCUACGCAUGUCCACAGUACCACAACAGUAAGGACAAAAGACGCAGUCCCAGAAAAUAUAAGUACAGAUCUACACCAUGCCCUAGCGUAAAACAUGGUGAGGAAUGGGGUGAACCGGCUAACUGCGAAGCCGGUGACAAUUGUCAGUACUGCCACACUCGUACUGAGCAACAAUUUCACCCGGAGAUAUACAAAUCCACUAAAUGUAACGACGUUCAGCAAGCUGGAUACUGUCCUCGGUCCGUUUUCUGCGCAUUCGCUCACGUUGAACCUUAUGUCCUUACCGAAGAAAUAUCGUCUCGCGAUCUAGAUAGCCAAGCACUUGCCCUUAGCGAUAUGAUAUCUUCGGUUUUGCCUCCCGACAGUGGUGGGGGAGGCGGAGGAGGUGGACUCGGUUGUUCCCUCAGUAAGAAGGACAAACACGAGCUAGCGGUGAGUGUACUAAGCUAUCUAGACGGAGGACGGCAGGAGAAUCUACCAUUUGAACUUGAACCGCAGAAUUUUCAAUCGUUCUUCCAGCUGCUGCAGAAUGGUAGCGCAGAAAGUAGCGAAUCGGCAAGCACCAGCAGUAUCGGCUCUAAUCAUAGUUCCCACAACAAAGCACCUGGUUCACAGCUACAACAAAAGCAUAAUAAUAGUAGUCUCCUAGGCGUCGUAACAUCCACCAACUGCAAUGGCGGUGGUAGCGUCAGCAAUCAAGCCAACAACAGUCUCGGUAGCUUACAAUCAACGCUGUUCAGCAAUGGCGGUGGUACCGCUGCUAGCUCACUGCUGUCGAACAGCUUUCCGGACUUUACACCGGAGAUUCGGGCACAGAUGCUUGCGAUUGACAACGAUCUCACAAUGAGCCCACUAGAGAAAGAACAACGGAAACGUAUGUGUUUAACAUUCAACAUUAGGAAUAUAGCAUCUUCAUUAGACGGAGGAGUUUAUGAUAUGACGCGACGUGAUACCAUUCAUGGACUAGACAAUUCAAUUUCAGCUGGGAUAGCAUCCUCUGGUUUGCUGGCAAGCAGUUCAGCGCCGGUAAACAUUCCCGGCUCUCCCAUGGGAAAUUCCAUAUCCGGUCUUCUCCAAGGUACAUCGGCACCGGUUAACAUUCCUGGUAGUUCAUUGGGUAACAACUUCAGCCCCUCGUCGCAUUCUAAUCUUUUCGGCAUGAACGAUAACAUGUUCGGCAAUAGCGCAACACAUCACAUUGGCAGUAGUUCGGCGCCAAAACUAGCCACUUCCUUCGGUCACAGCAACGCCGAUAGUCUCUUCUUUCAGUCACACAUUAUCUCGCCAGUGCUGACCGGCGGCGACGGUGGUCUUUCAGCUAGUCCGGAACUUAGUCGAAUAUCGGAGCUCAAUUCGCUCAAUAACGAACUGAGCAACAACAACACCAGCCUGUUGUUCGAUAACCACAUGCAGCAGGCUGCUGUCGCGGCGGCUCAACAGCAGCAGCAGCAACAGCAACAGGUCCAACAGCAGCAACAGGCAGCGGCAGUUGCUGCGAUUGCCGCAGCGGCUAAGAGUUCCAAUGCUAACCAUCCGUAUUCAAUGUCUCCGCUGGUGGCUUCCGGUAUGGAACGAUUACGGGACGAACUGGCCAACAAGAAUGCACAAAUGAUCAACUGGGAGGAGCAGGUCAUGCAGGCAUCCAAUGCCUGCGAAGCAUGGAAAGCGCAGAUGGAGGAAAGCAAUAGGAAGACCGUGUUGGCUGAACAACAACGAGACGAAGCUCUAUCGCACGUCAAAGCCCUCAAAGAAAAGCUAGAACAGGUGAACAUUAGUAGCAACAGUACAAGCAACUACCGGGCAAGUGAUCUUCGCGGACUGCCCUUGCCGAAGUUGAAAAACAUACAGGCAAAACUGCGCGCCGAAAUCGAAGAGGUUGAAAAGGUUCUCUACCUUGAAACCGCAACCAAGUGCAUGAAGUGUGAGGAAAACAAUCGAUCGGUGACGCUAGUGCCGUGCAAUCACUACGUGUUGUGCGAUGCCUGCGCGGCGACACAGCGCGAGUGUCCCUACUGUCAAACGCCGGUCACGUCGCAAGCGUAAGCAAGCAGUGUUUCUCAACCACCCAAGUGAGAGCACCCAAUCUGUGUCAAUCAACACACUCUAGCAUGAACACAAUCGCACCUCGAUAUAGUUACAAAUAUGAAAUGUGAAAAGCUGCUACUACCCCGUGGCCCUUACAUUUACCAUGUGGUCAUAAGCUACUACUACUUCUAACAACAACAAAAACCUGCAUCGCGCAUCAUAGAAACCGGCAAGUAGUCUAGCGUUACUCAUCAUGGGCAAAGUCAGUUUGUCCAGAGUCUACCUAGAGGUCAUACACAAACAACCCAAUGUAUUUAUGUUUUGUUUUGUUUUUUAAUAAUGCCGACAGUUUCGUCUAAAUCCAGUUAAAACACAGUGAUAUUUUAUGACCACAUUAAACAACAGCCUACUACGAUUUAGGACAGAUUAAAAUAAAAUAGUGACGUGAGGCUCACUUUAAACAGCGCAUGGUCUGCAAAAUGUGGCAGCAGCAAAACGAAACGGGAAGAUCAGUUUUAGUAGUAUCUCUAUCCUAAUUAUAGGGUAAUCAUAUACACAUCUUUUACAUUUUUAUACGUUUGAACCUGUUAAACCUUCAAACUCAACAAUCAACAACCGUUGAAACGAAUGCAAAAAAUAGUGGCACAUCGCCACCCGGCACAGGGAUUUAUUUUCCUUAUCCCCACGGAGAUGAAAGGAAUUCAGAUUAUAUAUCGUUUAUAUUGAUUAGUAGUUUUUUUUACUUAGAUAACAAUCUAUUAUGUACAAUAGAGAGAAAAAGCAACAUUCGAUUUAUUUGCUUAAAUACUAGGACGCGAAUGGUAUUUCGCUACAUUAUGUAAAGAUUGCAUUUUUUACUUUCAAAAAAUUAGACAAACAAAUAAACAAUGGACUACGCGCAGAAACAGUGAGACCCAGGUAGGUACCGAGAGAACUUUAUAUUAUUAUUAUAAAAACAAAAAACAAAAGUGAGGAUAUGUAUUUAUAAUUUAUUUUCGCGAUAUAAUUUAACUGCUAGGAUAACCCAAUUUGUUUUUGUUUAAUUGCCUCUAGCAACUUUAUUACUAGUUUUUGGCUAGCGCGAUCGAAGGAAGAUGGAAGGAAUUGAGCGUGAGCAGGGCAAACAAAUCAGUGAGCGUCGGUCGGAUACGCUAGGCAAAAACGUGUUAGAAUCAAUUCACGUAUUCCUUAUUAUUCUCUUAACACGAAGAAAACAAGAACUAUUAUUAUGUAUGGCUGAAACAAAUGAACUAAACAAAUAUUAUUAUUCUCAUAUAAUUAUAUUUUGAUAGGUAGAAAACUAAAUGACUAAAUGAUGAAAGCUGAUUUGUAGGAGGCAAUCUUAGGCGAGGAGAGAGCAUAUACGUGUAGAAGCGAGAUUUAUACAAAAUUCUUUUUUACACAUUGAAAUUUUUUGUCUGCACCUUCAGUAUACACAUGUACCAGUUCAAAAAUAGUUAUCUAAAAAACCGAAUCGAAGAGAACCAUGUUUUGGGUUAUCUUUCCUCUCUAACGAAUCAAGCUAUAUGUUGAAAUUGAAAACUAGAUUGAUUUUAUAAUUAUAACCAUCACAGAAACAUAAA